CAAUUUAGGAGCCGAUGCUACAACCAAAGAGCACACAGGAGUUUAAAGUCCUUUUUCACAUUCAAUACAGACGAGGAUUUUGUGUAUAGUGUUGAACAACGGUGAAAACUUACUCAGAGAACCAAAUGCAAUCCAGGAUGUUGCCCCAACUUUGCCGACUCAUCUUUAAACCUCAGUUGUGUUCUUGUAUUUUACACCACACUGUGAUCCUACUCAUUCUGACAGAUAGUGCGACAGUGACUAAUGUCAAAAGUGGCAUAGAGGAUCCACCUGAUGGAAGGAAUGGUACAGACUUUGCUGAAAAAUUUUACAUCCUCAAUGUGGCGGAUGUUACUUUUAGUGGCUUUGUUGUUGUCGCUUUGUUUUCCGGAGGUAUCGCUUUUUUCUGUAAAUGCAAAAAGCCAAAACUCGCUAAGCUGCAGGGACGAGCUCAGAAGAAACAGGAAGAGCUGAACGUAUUGUCAGAGCUCAACACUCAACUGUUGGAACUGAAGAGGGGAAAUCACCAAGUAAAGGAAGAAUUCAGACUGUUAGACGAGACAAUUAAAGAGCUGGCAGAGAACAAAGAGAAGCUUCAGCUGGUAGAGAUCAAAAUAGCACAGACAGAGAAAGAAAAAGAGACAGACAAAACAGAAAGAUACUUAGAGGAAAAACAAAGUCUCCUGACUGCUCAGCGUAAACUGGAAAAGAGAAAGGAAGAACUGGAGAAUCUACAACUGAAUAUGGAGAAACAGCUGCGGCAAUUAGAGGAUAUAAUAAGCACAAUGAGAGAAAGGAAGACAAAAGCAGAAUACGUUUUAGAGGUGAUUGACUUGAAGCUGGAGGAGGUAGAAUGUUAAAGUGAUACAACUCGUCUUGUCCUAGAGCAGUGAGAAAGAAAUAAUUUACUGCUACUUUACUGUUUACUACUAAUACCACUACAGUUGAUUUUAAACCAAGCAACAAACAUGUGAUUAAAGUGCAGAAUUUAACCUUGACUCAAAUCUUUUAGCAAAACCUUUUCACUGUUAUUCGUAUAUACAGUGUCUGAUUUUCAGGUGCUCAAAUGUGAUUGGACUGUUGAUAGUUGUAAAUGCAGGAUUGCUUCUAAUAAUUGGAAGAACUUCUUUUUAUUAGAGCAAUCUUUUAAAAUUGUUUACAGGUUAUCUAAACUAUAAAUAAACAGUACAUAAAAAAUAAAAACAAACAGUAAAGAAUAAAGUAACAAUAAAGUAAAGGUUGACAGUAAAGAAAAGACAAGAAUUUGCUAAAAAAGGGAAUUUUUUUUAGUGAAAGGCUUCCAAUUUGAUUGAUGGUGUUUUUGUUUUUGGGUUAUUCCUUAAAAAUUAUUAUCCCAAGGAUAUUGUCAUGAGAAGAAUCAUGCUUCUUUGAAGUUCAUCUAUUAACUGUCCGUGUAAACUCGAGAAUCUACCACUGAACUUGGAGAAACAACAGCAGUAAACAGAGGAUAUAAUGAGCAUGAUGACAGAAAGGAAGACAAAAGUAGCACCAAAAAAGUGAUUAACUUGCAACUACAGGUGGUAGAAAGCCAAAGUGAUAUGAUUCAUCUUCACACAGACUAUGGAGAAAGAAAUAAUACACAAUCUGCACUGAACCUGUGUUACUUAAUGAUUAACUUUAUUAUGUGAACUAUGUAUCUUAAACAAUGAGUUGAAUAUAAGUAUCAUCUACACAAAAUUGAUACAUUUGAUUCACUUUAUUAUAAAUUGUAUUCAUUUUGUUUAGUAAGAAAGGAGAAAAUGACUUAUCGCAAAUGUAUUUACAGAGAGAUUGACAGCAGGUUAAGGUAGAUGGGAAUGUACUAAUGCAUGAAAAGGCUGGGAGGCUGGGAGAAAAUAACGGGUAAUUUAAAAAGCCGAAGAAUUAAAAAAAUGAAAGUAAAAGAUGGAUGGAGGGAAGUUAAUGAAUCAUGAAGUGCAGAGGAUUAGUAAGGUGGACAUGAGGGCAGACUGUUCCCUGAAGAGGAUAGAGUAAAAGUUCAGUUAUUCCAGAUGACACACCCUGUGGAAAAUUUAUCAAAUAAAAAUUAGCCCAUAGCAGUGACCCAAUAAUUAUAAAAUAAAAAGAAGAAUGAUGAAAACUAUUUGGAUGUAAUUAUGACGUCCAUUUCUGUGUGCUGUCAUUGUCACUGUGUCGAGUGACCCAGCGUUUUGUGUUGUCUUAUUUUUUGAUGGUUUAUAAUUUAUGUUAAAUUCAUUUAGUUAUCUUAAACACAGGCAGUGAAGACACAAGGAGUAUCUAAUAAACAAUGAACUAUAACAGAGCAAACUAGGCAAAACAGACUGAGCUUAAGUCUUCCUCGCCCUCCAUUCUUUUCAGUAAUGUCUCUAGCUGUGUCCCAAUUUAGGGUCUGCCCCCUUGGAGGACCCGGCCUUCGUGAUCUACGUUGGCCUCACCUCCAAAGACCGAGAAGGCCGGAAGUGCGAGGCUGUGAAAUGGGACGGUCUAGCCUCUGUUGCAUUGCUCAGGUUGCCUAACAACUAUGAAACGUUUCAUACAGCAUUGUUUGACAGAAAUGAAGGAGAGCAUUUUUUUGUUCAUCUGUUUGCUUUUAUAUGAGCUUUGUUUGAUUUGAUAAGUAUCUGAGGCUGAGACCACAAGACUGUAAAAACAUGAACAAUAGAUAUUUAUAUUUCCUAUCACCUUAAAUCUUCACUCAAAGACAAGUAUA